AUGUCCUUCCAGGUCCCCCAGAAUGUCCCCUCGUUCACCAGCUCUCAACGCACAUAUGAAGACACAUAUUGGCGGCAGAAGCACAGUAGUAAUGGACAUGCAAAAGGAGGACCUGCGGGUGCGAUCACUUCCAAGAUCAAUGACAUCUUCGGCGAAAAUACGGGCCUGCCCAUGUACAAAGAUAAACCACAUUUUCCCUCGAGUCGGCGGAGAGGACGAGGAUUCUUGCGGCAGAAAAGAGUGCUAGCCUUGAUUGGUUCCGCCACUCUGUUGUUUCUCUGGUGGGCGGGAUGGUUACCCUGGAGCACUCGCCAGUUCUACGAUCCAGCCGCCCACCAACAUUCCUUCUUCCAUGCCGAAGAUUGGUCAGAGCAGAGGGAGGCCGUGAAAGAGGUAUUCAAGACGACUUGGGAAGGUUAUGAGAAAUAUGCUUGGGGAAUGGAUGAAUAUCACCCUCUCUCGAGAAAGGGAAAGAACAUGGUCGAAGGUGGCAUGGGUUGGAUCAUUGUGGACGCUUUGGAUACUGCCAUGAUGAUGAAUUUGACCUCGCAUGUCGCCAAAGCAAGAGAAUGGAUAUCUACAUCGCUGUCUUACACCGCCGAUCACGAAGUCAAUACCUUUGAGACGACUAUCCGCAUGCUGGGUGGAUUGUUAUCAGCGUACUAUCUGUCAACAACCUUCCCACAUCUCGCACCGCAGCGGGACGACGACGUCAACCAACCUGGAGAAGAUUUAUACAUCGAGAAAGCGACAGAUCUUGCAGACCGUCUCCUCGGGGCAUACGACUCACCUUCGGGCAUCCCCUAUGCCUCGGUGAACUUGAACACUACCCACGGGGUUGGUUCGCAUGUCGAUGGAGGCGCAUCUUCCACCGCUGAAGCGGCGACUCUGCAACUUGAGAUGAAAUACCUGGCCAAAAUCACAGGGGAACCAAUCUACUGGACCAAGGCCGAGCACGUCAUUGAGGUCAUCGAAUCCCAAAAGCGCGAAGAUGGCCUCUUGCCAAUCUACAUAUACCCCGCCACGGGUGAAUUUCGAGGCGAAAAUAUACGGCUGGGAUCUCGAGGCGAUAGCUAUUACGAAUAUUUGAUCAAACAGUACCUACAAACGGGCAGCGUCGAGACGGUGUACUUGGAUAUGUGGGAAGAGGCACUUGAAGGGAUCAAGAAACACCUGAUCACUUACUCUGAACACGCGUCAUUAACCAUUCUUGCCGAAAGGCAAAACGGACUAGACCUCGCUCUGACUGCCAAGAUGGAUCAUCUGACGUGUUUCAUGCCUGGGACAAUAGCCCUGGCGGUGACCGAAGGACAGACGGUUGAGCAAGCGAAAGCCAGACUGGGGAGCAAAUGGACAAAGAAGCAUGACGAGAACCUCAAACUGGCCGAGGAAUUGAUGAAGACGUGCUGGGGAAUGUACAAGGUCACUCCGACUGGCCUCGCCCCUGAGAUCGCCUAUUUCCAUACAGACAAUCCCGCUCCACAAUGGCGAGGGCAUGUUGACCCAGCGUGGACACCACCACACGCUGCCGAGCUCUCCGACGAUGUUGAUGCUGACUGGCGCUCCGACUACGACAUUCACUCGAACGACGUGCACAAUCUCCAGCGACCCGAAACCAUCGAAUCCCUCUUCUACAUGUACCGUAUCACCAAGGACAGGAAAUACCGGCAAUGGGGGUGGGAAAUGUUCGAAGCCUUCCGCGAGCACACCAAGGUUGUCGACGAAGUCACCGGCAAGGUGUACGCCUACACAUCCCUCGACACUGUGAUGGAGAACCCCGUUCGAGAGAGGAAACGCCGCGAUAACAUGGAAAGUUUCUGGCUGGCCGAGACACUCAAGUACUUCUAUUUGUUAUUUUCUGAUGACGAUUUCUUCCCUCUCGAUAGCGUUGUCUUCAACACAGAGGCUCAUCCACUGCCAAAGUUCGAUAUAUCAGGAAGCAAGGUCUUUACGACAGGCUGGCGCAGGACCAAAGGGUCGGGCCCCGAGCAGAAAGUCGAGGGCAGUAUGGUUGCAGAUGACUCCGCGCAGCUCAAUGGUAUUCUUGUUGGCAGCGGCGUACGUGUCGACGAGAAUGGGAAAAGCAUCCCCUCCAGCACGGAGGCUGGAGAGAAACGGGUUCCUGCCGCUGCUGGCGAGAAUGAGCAUGAUCCUGCUCAAGACUUGUCUGCCCGGGCGGAAACCCAAUCCCCUGAACAAGGUGAAGAAGGUGUCGGCAAAGAGGAAAGCGGUUAA